UUCGAAAUGAACAGAUUAUGAGUUUGGAGAGAGUGAGGGGGUUACUGUCGGUCGGGUUGGUCGGUGGGACAGACCAGCUUGCUUAAUCAGCCAGUUGCUGACUGAACACAACUAACCUCUGGACCCUUCCAUUGAGCAACAAGGUUGGAGACUGACACAGAGAGAUCAACAGUUUGGUAAACAAAAGAGAGGGAGCCAGGAGAGAAGGACUGGAACAAAGUCAAAGAAAGACAGAGCGGACAGAGCAGAGCAGGAGCAAGAGAGUUGAAUUUGAAAUAGAGGAGAGAAAACUGUAACAGCAAAAAUUUAAGAUUAAAAGUUAAAUAUUGAUAGAAUUAGUGUCAUGGGUGUGGCCACUUAAAGCAGUGAGGCACAACAGCAGAGACAAAAGCAACUUUUGUCUGGUGGUUAGAGGGGGAGGGUGACAGACUUAGGAAGACAGGGUGGGUCAGAGGUAAAGGGGUCAAUAGAAAGACUGAGAGACACAGUGGGAGCCGUUCAAGAAGAGAAGGCGAGAGAACUCACUCACGAGGCAGAGGCAACGGUAUGGAUAGAUAGAAGCUGGCAGACAUAGUAGCUUAUCAAGGGGGAGAGGGGACAGAGCGGGCUAGGUUGAGUCACAUACAGGCAGUCGACAUGGGGAUAAAGGGCAAGGCGGCUUUGGCCAUCGUGGUUCUACUGUUCUUCCUCGGCUCCAUGUGGCUCCAAGGAAGUUUGGAUUACCAGUGGGACUCUUGUCUUAAAGGUUACAUUCAGAUAAACAGUCCUCACCAUCUGUCCAAUGGCAGUGAGGCUGAUAGUGAUGAGGACGGGGCCAUACUGGAGGUGUGUCCCGGUCAGAAGUUCCAGGUGUCGGAGCUGUUGUCUCACCUGCUGGCUGCGCCGGCACCCACCAACGACGUGCUGCUGCAGCCUUAUCUGGCUAGUUGGGACGAGCUUAUCAAGUUCAUGGAGGCUCUUGGACCGAUGGUUGGACUAAUAUCUCAGGAGAUUGAAGCCAAAACUUCCAUAAUCCGUGACCUGACCCUGCGGGAGGCAGGUAGCAGCGAUGAGGGAGAAGUGGGCCUAGCCUUGGGGUUGGUGUCUGGUACCAGAGCGCAUGGUGGUGGACAGGAGGAGACAGAGGCCUCAGUGGCAGCACCCAGCAGUACCUACCUGUCUUUGCGCUCUAUGAUCCACACUGAGUUGAGCCGGGGCCUGGUAGACUUCCAGCAGAUGACAGAAUCUGGGUGUCGUACUCUGCUCCGGCUGCACCGGGCCCUGUUGUGGCUGCAGGUCUUCCUGGAAAAGCUGGGGGAGGGGCCUGUGGGCGGCCGGCUGCGGAGCCCCUCGGAGCUCUGCCGUGAGGCCUAUCAGCACACCCUGGCCCACCACCACUCCUGGUUUGUACGCAGGGCAGCGGAGAUAGCCUUCAUCGCCAUGCCUGAGCGGAGCUUCUUCUACAGGCUGGUGUGUGUGACGAACCAGGAAGAGGCCAGCGUGGUGCUGAACAGGGUGGUCCGGGCCAUCGGAGAGGUGUAUGACAGAACUCAGGGGGUCCUGGAGGAGCAUGGCAUGCUGGACCUGCCGUAGGAGAAGAGCGGGGGGGGGGGGGGCCGAACCAGGCUGAGCUGAGCUGUACUGCGCUGGCCAGGUUACGCAUCCAUCAUGGUUGGAAUUAUACUGGUAAGGACAAUGUGAAAAUAGAAUAGCAAAACCAGCACAUUACUGUUGGGGUUUGCAUAAUAGCAUGAAUUAGGUCUUACAGUCUAUCCCCUGGUGCCUUGUUUCAUAUGCUGUACUAUCUUUUAUCAGGCUAAAGUUCACAUGUGUGCAAGACCAAUGAGCUGCUCACGUAAUCAUGAGUGAGUGCUCUCAACAGAGUUUACCAAAAGGGCCAAUUUGUAUUAGAGGCCAUAUGACCAAAGUGCUGGUGAAAACAAUCAACUGAAGCUAAAUGUCUUCAUUGUACAAUUGAUAAGUUAUUGUUAUGUCACUGUUUGUCUGUGUGAGAUCACGCACUGGACUUGUUAUGGUGUUGGAAGACCAUAGACUGGUUGAAAAACAAGUAACGUAUCAUGUAUUGUUGUAAAUUCUGAAGAUGUUUCCAAUGUAAUUCCAUAGGUCAGUGAUUGUUGUGUUGUUGUAUGUUGAUGUGUAAUUCAGCAUUGCCAUCAUUGAAUCAAAAGCCAAUCACAAGGCAAAGGACUUUGUCCAUGCCCCACAUCGUGAUUAUGUAAUAAUUUUAUAUGGGAUCAUUUGUGAAGAUCUUCUAGGGCUGCUGGACACAUCAGAUGGACUUUAUUCAGGGUUCUGAAAACCACAUUUACAAUGCAGUGAUUCACUGAUCUUAGCUACUGUUGUAGUUAUGGUUUAAGUACGUAUGCAUUACUACAAAAUUGACACUGCAGAAGUAAUAUUUUUGAGUCUGGAUCUGAGUACCUCCCGCACAAUUUUGAGAAUGGAAAUACGUUCUAGACCAGGAAUGGGUGACUUUGAUGGGGGUGGGGGCAACAAAACAUCUGAACUCAUCAUGGGGUGCCGCAUGGGGUGCGUGUCGACAUCCAUUCCCAAACAUGCAGUCAGAAACAGCCCUAACCUUUUGGGGGAUCCUAGGUCAAAUCUUCUUAGGGUGUGUGAGCAAAACAGCUAGAGGAGAGAAAGUUUUUGUAUAGUUAAUUUCCUGCAAUUCUACACAUUUUGCCAUGGGGCAGAGAUAAAAUUCUGUUUUAAAGCAAAUUCCCUGCAAUUCUACACAUUUUGCCAUGGGGCAGAGAUACAAUUCUGUUUUAAAGCAAAUUCCCUGCAAUUCUACACAUUUUGUCAUGGGGCAGAGAUACAAUUCUGUUUUAAAGCAAAUUCCCUGCAAUUCUACACAUUUUGUCAUAGCGUUUUUUUAUUUUAUAUAUGAUAGCUGACUUAGUGACUAACAAAAUCCAGUGAGGCCCCCCAGUUGGUAAUUCGACCAUGAUUACUACAAGUUUAGAUAGCUGGCUAGACUAACUUACCAACCUAAAAUAUGUUAGCUUACAUAGGCUAAUUGAGUGCAUUGAGAGAAACUGUCUAGAACGGCCGUUCUAGACCAUCUGAUUGGUCCCAGAAACCAAUGGUUUGGCCCAGAGCCAGAACACAUGUGCAACGUUUUGAAAAUGUGUCUGGCUUUGAUACUCUGAUUGUUUAGAGAUUAUCCAUUAGUUGGUGACUUUGUUUUUUUUUAUAACAGCCUCCAUUUUGACAUCAACACAAAUGACUUCAAUGAUUGCAGCAAAGAUGUCAUGGCGACAAUGUCAUCGGGCCUAACGGUCGUCUCACGCCGAACUGCGCAAGUUCAGGCAGUCUAAUCAAAGGCACUCCUUCGAGAUACAGUUGUUUUUUACAGAAAUUAAAAUGUCAGUUUGACACUAACACGAGGUUGGAGUAAACACGUGUUCAACUGCUUAAGACAUUGGCUCAAAUCUAGGUUGUGCCUUCAGAUUUCGAGAAAAUUUACAACUAAGGAAUAAUGUUUUACAAGCGUUCCCGGAAGUCUCGCAAUGUUGCACCUCUAGGUUUUAGAAACUCUGUGUUUGCAGCCUGACAACUAUGUAGCGAACUAGUGCAGCGGAAGAAUUCUGUUAAGAUUCAUCAGGCAAACGUGUUAUAUCCGGGGCUUUUGAUCUUAUGUUGCAGUACUACAGUAUAUCCACCAGAGGUCAUAGUGUACUACACAUGCACAUCAGUUUCACUGAACCCUGAAUGCUAAUAACAGUUCGUGGCAAAGCCAUUUAUAUGAACAUUUGUGACGUAAUCACUUCUACACCACAAUAAUUGACCCUCCCUUCGCUUGGACAUACAUGCUGCGAAUGGCAUAAUGCCACCAUUUUAAGAGAUGUUUCAAUGUAAACUACAAUGACUUUUUUACCUACAAAUAUAUAUUUUUAAUAAACUGUAAUUUAAAAAACGAGUUAGAUGAACCUCUGUCGUACAGUAAUGUUAUGGUUAGAUACAAUAUUUAUAUAUUAUUCAUGAGAUUGAGUAUGGAGUUCCAUAAACAUUUUAAUGGAAAGAGUCCAAACAAGUAUUAUGAGGAAAUUAACUGGGGGUUAAUGAGCACAGGUGGAUGCAAGCCUAAUGUGUGAGAGAGCGAGAGAGCUGGUGCGUGCCUGGUAUAUCAGCCGCUUGCGUUACACUUGAUCACACUAUUUAAACCCACAAAUGCCUCUAAUGCUAUGUAAUCAUUGCUCUCUCUUCCUAUUGCCCUCCACUGGAUCCCAAUCGCAAAAAGGAUAGAUUGGAGGAGGGAGAGAGAGUCAAAUUCUAUAGUAAUCUUGUAAAGUGGUCAGAGCAGAGUGAAUGCGUCAGAACCACUAUGCCAUGUUAACAACAUGAAGCGCUGUCCAAUCAUAGAACAGAUAGUCGGACUCUAGCACAUUUACGUAUCUUGUACUUCUUAUGAAGAAAGUGCAAAAAUGUAGUGGUUUUGGUUGAUUUGUCUCGAGAUUAAUGUUAUACAUUGUAACGCAGGUGAUCUACAGUACAGGCCAAAGUCUUCCAUGAAAGGUAUUUAUGCUCGGGGGACUUGGCUAGAUGUCAAGUCCAGAGAUCAGGCUUGGUAGGUGGCCACAGUCUGCCAGAGGAGAGCAGAAAGCAAGAUACAUGAGUGUUGAAGUAGCUGCCUAAGGAUUGUCAUGGUGAAUAAAAUUACAUUAGAUUACAUCCAUCUGCCCGAUGGCACCGCUUGACUCCACCACUCCCUUACUUCCUCUUUCCCCAGAGCCUCACUCUAUUGAGCAGAUUCAACUUUAUACAAAACCAGUUUGUAUCAGCCAAUCAUUUCGUUUGGUUUACACAACUAACUGUGAAAGUAUUUGUCCAUUUGACUUGUGAAUGAUUCUGUUACAGGUGUCUCCUUUUACUCAAACUGUCAAAAAAUUUGAAUACAUAAACUUCCUCUUAUGUCAGUGUUGUCAUCCUGUAGACUAGAGGGUAUUAUUUCAGACUGUCUCAGACUCAGUCUGUCUGUCUGAAUGACUGAUUGACUGACUAAAGGAUGGAUGAGCGUAUACAGGCACACUGAAAUGUGAAACAUAAUCUGAGGUGAAAUGAUCGGAAACCAGGGAACAAAAACAGACCUGUCUGGUUGUUUCUGUCAAUCACAUUUAUUGAUUUCUCAAUUUUUUUUUACAAUGAACAUAAGCAAAAAAAAUGAUAUACAUACAUACAAUAAUAUACAUCCAGCAAAAAAAGAAUAGAAUUAUCAGCCAAUUCAUUUUGGGUGAGAGACUAUCCCAAAGUGUUUCAAAGGAGUUCUGCCUUAGAUAAGUUUUUAAUAAACUGUCUGAUUCAAGAUUUUCAGGGACAUAAAUCAAAUCAAAUCAAAUUUAUUUAUAUAGCCCUUCGUACAUCAGCUGAUAUCUCAAAGUGCUGUACAGAAACCCAGCCUAAAACCCCAAACAGCAAGCAAUGCAGGUGUAGAAGCACGUCUUUAUAUUAUUUUCCAGGAGGAUCUUUAGUGAAAAGCUGUCUUGCUAGUUCACACUAGUUUCCACAGGCAAGUAUUGUGCUGUUUGGGGAUAAAUCCUUUGCAGUUACUGUAAAUAUGCAGCUUUCUAUUGAAUCAGUGUAACUCAUUAAACCAAUACCAGAAGAGGAUGCCCUUCUUCAUCUCGUCAUCUUGGUGCCCAUAUAAAGACAUGCACUGUUCACCUAAAAGAGUAGCCAGUAGACAAUGACUGAGAAAGCGUUUCAACAGGGCAGCCAUUCAAUACUGCAAGGUUGAAAACAAGACAGAGAAAGUAGGGGUCAGACUUAGAAAAAAAAAUGCUACUUGGUAUGUGUUUAAUUGUCAAGUUUUCUUCAGUCUCACUCAGAAUUCUGAGAUUACAGGUCGAAAACCUACCAUGUAGCACCCCGGUCUCAAUACAAUGCUAAUACAUUAUUUCCUCUUCAACAAAAUAACAAUACAAAUACUUUAUCCCUUUUUGAAAACAAAACCGUUAUGUUUCUAUUGUUCAAUCUUGAAGACGCGCAUUAGCAAACAUAAGUACAUCUAUAUGUCAACGUAAUAUUUCCAUGUUCUUUCUGUCUUCUUCCUCAAGCUCUUUAUUAUUUUUGUUACUAUACAUUUGUUGCAGUCUUUCCAAGAAUAAAAACAAAUAAAUAUGUUGCUUUUUGAAGAAAUGUCCAAAUGAUAACUUAAAAACGGAUAUAUGGAGAUAUAAUUACAUAACAGGUGACACUGGGGAACAACACGAUCUGUCCACCAAGAGGCACUGUUGUCAUUUAGUGAAACAUGCUCCUUCUUCGUGGAUCAUUAUGUAAGAAUAGGACUGCUCAUGAAAUGCCAUUCACACAUCAUUCUGAAACAUGUUUUAAAUGAAAUCCUUUCUCUCAGAAAGAUCUGUGGUCUGGCAGUUGCAGCAUGUUUUUUUCAUACUAAUAAAAUCCUCAUGAAUAUC